AUGUUCGAUCUAUCUAUCUAUCUAUCUAUCUAUCUAUCUAUCUAUCUAUCUACUAAGUUUUAUCUAUCUAUCUAUCUAUCUAUCUAUCUAUCUAUCUAUCUAUCUAUCUAUCUCAGUGUUUCUUUUCUUUCUUUCUUUCUCUCUCUCUGUGUGCUUCUCUCUCUCUUUAUCUCCCUCUCUCUCGAUAUAGAUUCUGUUCAUAUCUAUCUAUCUAUCUAUCUAUCUAUCUAUCUAUCUCUGUUCAUUUUUCUAUCUAACUCAGUUUUCAUUUCACUCUCCAUACUCAUGUUUUUAAUUUUGCUUGUUUGUUUCUCUUUCUUUUCUUUCUUUCUUUCUUUCUUUCUUUCUUUCUUUCUUUUCUUUGUUCAUUCUUUCUUAUCUAUCUAUCAUCUAUCUAUCUAUCUAUCUAUCUAUCUAUCUAUCUAUCUAUCUAUCUAUCUACUUUGUUUCUAUCUAUCUAUCUAUCUAUCUAUCUAUCUAUCUAUCUAUCUAUCUAUCUAUCUAUCAUUGAAUCAUGAAACAACUUUAACUUUAAACUUUCAACCUUCUUUCAUUCAGUUCUCCCACGUUCUUGAUAUGUUCAAAUCUAUCUAUAUGUACCAUUAA